AUGCAGUCUUUGAUGAUGAGCUCCAAAGAGGCUGUGCAGACUGCUGCCAAAGAGUUUCUCACGUUCGUCAACAAGGGAGCCUCGCCUUAUCAUGUUGUGGAUGAGUGUAGGCGGAGGCUGCUCGAUGCCGGAUUCAUUGAGCUCAAAGAGUCAGAGCCAUGGACCAUCAAACCCUCUGCCAAGUAUUUUGUGACGAGGAAUUACUCGAGCCUGAUCGCUUUUGCCGUCGGAGGAAAGUUUGUUCCUGGAAACGGCUUCUCGAUGAUCGGCGCUCACACAGACAGCCCCUGCCUUCGGGUGAAGCCGCGCUCUCGCCGCCUGAAGCAGGGCUGUGUGCAGGUGGCGGUGGAAUGUUACGGAGGAGGAAUCUGGAACACAUGGUUCGACCGAGACCUCACCAUCGCUGGGAGAGUCAUGGUCAAGAGUGGAGGGCAGCUGCUGCAGCGUCUGGUCCAUGUUCAUCGUCCUCUGCUCCGCAUCCCAAACCUGGCCAUCCACCUGCAGAGGGACGUCAACGACUCGUUUGGGCCUAACAAGGAGAACCACCUAGUCCCGAUCUUGGCCACAGCGGUUCAGGAGGAGCUGGAGACGGGCUGCACUUCAACAGGAGACGCCUGCUCUGCCAACAACACGGCAGAGAAGCACUCCCGAAUUCUGGUCGACGUUCUCUGCUCUGAACUUUCUGUGCAAUCAGAAGAACUGAUGGACUUUGAGCUGUGCCUCGCUGACACACAGGAUGCAGCUCUGGGAGGAGUCUAUGGAGAGUUCAUCUUCUCUCCUCGUCUGGACAACCUGCACAGCUGCUACUGCGCCCUGCAGGCUCUGCUGGACUCCUGCUCCGGAGACUCUCUGACCAAAGACCCCAACGUCCGGAUGAUCACGUUGUACGACAACGAAGAGGUGGGCUCGGAGAGUGCUCAGGGCGCUCAGUCCAACCUGACGGAGCUAAUUCUCUCCAGAGUCUCCUCGUCGUCCAAAAACAUCACCGCGUUUCAACAGGCGGCUCCUCUGUCCUUCAUGAUCUCUGCCGACAUGGCCCACGCCUGCCACCCCAACUAUGCAGAGAAGCACGAGGAGAACCACAGACCUGCUUUCCACAAGGGGCCAGUGAUAAAGUUCAACAGUAACCAGCGCUACGCCACCACCGCUGUGACCGCUGCUGUCAUGAGGGAAGUGGCCCGACGAGUGGAAGUCCCGCUGCAGGACGUGAUGGUGCGUAACGACAGCCCGUGUGGCACCACCAUUGGCCCCAUCCUGGCGGCUCGUCUGGGGGUCUCUGUGGUGGAUAUCGGGGCCCCUCAGCUCUCCAUGCACUCCAUCAGAGAGAUGUGCUGCAGCUCCAGUGUGCUGCAGAGCACCACACUGUUCAGGGGCUUCUUCGAACACUUCCCGUCCGUGCGGAGUUCUCUGGUUGUGGAUUAA